GGUUUCAUUUCCCGCUGAAAAUAUCCGGGGUCUUGUAAAUCGCCCGGUGUUUUCAGGCCCGUUUAAUUUGCGCAAAUUCAGUAUUUAAUCCUCAUUGUGGAAUUGCCAUGCCUUCCGUGGCUUUACAAGAGCCACUUUGCAGUGACGACAUCCAAGCAAAGUUGGAACUGCUGCAGCAAGACCUCUCUGAUGGUCAGUUGACCGAAAACGGAUACUUUAAGAAGAGAUGGGCAUUGAUCGCCCAUUUAGCUCCCUCGCCUCUUUCACUGAAAGUUGAGGCACUGCAGAGCCAAUUCGACACUUCAGAAAUAUCAGAGGAUGAUUAUGUCGCUAAAUUUCGGACAUUGAUGAAUACUAUUGAUGAAAGCAUCAUUUCAACAUUAAAUACUGACAUGAAAACAAGUUUAUCAGAUGAAGAAAUCACUACUACCUCCAUGGAAGAAACCAGCACUGUUGAUAAAGCUCUCAGAGUGCCAGAAAGUGAGGAUGACAUUGCCCAUUCAGAACAUGACGAUUCUCAGCAUUCCUCAGAUGAACAUGAAGAAAAUUCAUCAGAGGCAAAUCCAGUGGAAUCAGCCUUAGUCCAGUCAUUGGUUCGAAGGGGGAGAGGACGAGGAAGAGGUAGAGGUAGAGGACGAGGGAGACCAAGAGGACGAGGCAGACCUUCUUUGCAAUCGCAGGGAGAAUCUAGCCAGUUGUCAACAGAAGAUGACAUGGAACACCAUGAUUUGGAGAAAUCAGAGAACGAUUCUGAUGCUGAUUCCCCACAGCAAAAAGACAUGAGCGCCUCACGUGGAAGAGGUAGAGGGCGGGGGAGACCAAGAGGACGGGGCAGAUCUUCAUUGCCGUUGCUGGGAGAAUCUAGCCAGCUGUCAGCAGAAGAUGACAUGGAACACCGUGAUUUGGAGAAAUCAGAGAAUGAUUCUGAAACUGAUUCCCCACAGCGGAAAGUCAUGUCCCCCUCACAGGGAAGAGGCAGAGGUAGAGGACGGGGAAGAGGAAGAGGACGAGGCCGUGGUAGGGGAAGACCCUCAAUUGAUUUAAGUGACCCAUCAAAGUAUGGAGCUUUAUCUCAUAGCAGUAGCACGCUAGAAAAUCCUGAAAAGGAAUCCACUGACACGGCUGUAUUGGAGAGAUCUAACACUACCAUCAGUUCAGGGGUACCUGAAAAAAGGAAAACUCGUUCAUUAUCAUCCUCCUUAGGUUUAUUUAAAAACUCGACCCAGGAUAUGACUGGAAAGUCCAAGCCCAUUUCCCAAGAUGAUGAGUUCUCAAAAAAUGAUGGUGCAAAUGAUUCUGAUGACAAUAGAAAAAUCAAAAAAAUUAUGGAGCUGGAGAAAGACAACAAUACGAGCUUGGAAGUUCCUUCUAAGAAAAAAGUCAAGCGUGAAAAGACUCAUGAUAGUUGUGACAUAAAAGCUGUGAAGGAUUCAGUGCCAGCACCCAAGAGAUGCCAAAUUUGCAGACAAGUGCUUGACAGCCCUGAUUUAUGCAUGUACGAAGGACCCCCUCGUGAUGCUGUUGAGGAAUUAGUUGCUCUAACUAAUCCUAGUUUAUCGCUUUUUAACGGAGAUGAGAGCGAUGUUAACGAAAGUGAUGCUCGACCAGUAAAUAAAUUAACAUGUUUCAGUGUUUAUGACAAGGAAGGCCAUCUCUGUCCCUUUGAUACUGGUUUGAUUGAUAAAAAUGUAUUGCUGUAUGUGUCUGGUUACAUAAAAGCUGUGUAUGAAGAAAGUGCAGAUAUAGAAGAUGGUGUUCCUGUACAGGAUUUAGGGCCUAUUAAUGAGUGGUUUGUAACGGGCUUUGAUGGGGGCGAAUCUGCCAUUGUUGGUAUUUCCACUGGUUAUGGAGAAUAUUACCUAAUGGAGCCAUCUGAGAAGUACAAGCCGUUUAUGGAGCCUGUGCGAGGGAAAAUAUACAUGAGCAAGAUUGUGAUUGAGUUUUUGAUUGAGGAAGCAAACCCAACUUAUGAAGACCUGCUUAACAAACUUCAGACUACAGUUCCACCAAAGGGAGUGGAAUUGACUGAAGAUAGUCUUCUACGUCAUGCUCAGUUCAUUUGUGAUCAAGUUGAAAGUUUUGAUUCUGCUGGAAAUGAUGGAGAUUUGCUCAUUGUUUUGCCAUGCAUGCGGACACUCAUGAAACUUGCUGGGGUUACCCUUGGAAAAAGGCGAGCUAUGCGCAAAGCAGAGCGCAAAAGUACAACUGAGAAAAAGCCUGUUUGGACAAAGGCUGCUACAACAGAGCUUGUCAGGAAUCUUUUUGACACGUUCUUUACUGAUCAACUAGAUGAAGGAAAUGACAAGGGAAACCAGGCUCCAAGACGGCAAAGAUGCGGAGUUUGUGAGGCAUGUCAGAUGCCAGACUGUGGCUCAUGUGCUGCUUGCAAAGACAUGGUGAAGUUUGGUGGAAGUGGAAGAAGUAAACAAGCCUGUACUCAAAGAAGGUGCCCGAAUCUGGCUGUACAAGAAGCAGAUGACUCUGAUCCAGAAGAUGAGGAUGAGUAUGAGCUACUUGCCGAUAAUCGGAAUAUGAGUUGGACUGAGAAGGCUCCAACUUCUGGAGUUGCUCGAGGAAAGAGAAAUGUUGAGUGGAUUGGUGAUUCUAUUAAAGCUGAUCAGACUAGGACUUUCUACAGUCGUGUUAGAGUAGGUUCUUCUGAAUUUGGACUCAAUGAUUGUGUCCUUGUGGAGCCAAAAGAUCCCUCAGUUCCGGUUUUCAUUGCUCGGGUGGCUUAUAUGUGGGAAAGUGUUAAAGGAGAAAAGAAGGUCCAUCUUCAUUGGUUUAUUCGAGGAGUGCAUACAGUUCUUGGUGAAACAUCAGACCCAUGUGAAGUAUUCCUUGCUGAUGCUUGUCAUGAUAUACCCCUCGGAGCUGUAAGUCAAGUUGCCCGAGUUAUUUACAAGCCUCCAUCUAGGAAUAGGCAUACGUGUAAUGGAGACGCUGAAAAAGAUGAAAAUUUUACUGAUGAUGGGAAAAGCUUUUUUUAUCAAAUGUACUACAAUACUCAACUGGGCAGAUUCGAAGAUCCACCUGCUAAUCCUCCCUGUCCAAAAGAUGAAUCUGCUCAUAAAUUCUGUGUUUCAUGUGAAAAACAAUUCUUAAAUGAAAGGAGGAGCAUAAUCAGAGUUGGUGAAUUUAAAACUGAAGAAAAUAAAGAGAUGAGGUAUGGUGUUGUGCAUUGGAAGAAUGAAGAAUACAGAGAGGGUCAAGGUGUUUACUUGAUGCCUGGCACCUUCAAUUUCAAAUUUUCUAAUUCAUCAAAUUCAAAAAGAAGGCGUAAGGGGGUUGAUCAGGCUGUUGAUGAAGACAUGUACCCAGAGUAUUAUCGCAAGUACUCAGAUUAUAUUAAGGGCUCAAACGAAGAAACACCCGAACCAUUCUGCAUUGGCUAUAUCACUUCCAUAUUUUCACGUUCUAAAGUCUUGGGUGUUGGUGACAUUUUUCUACGAGUUACUAAGUUGUAUCGCCCAGAAAACACACACAAAGGAAUUAGUGCUGCCUACCAACAUGACUUGAACAUGUUGUAUUGGAGUGAUGAAGAGGAAGUUGUGGACUUUUCCAAAGUUAAAGGAAAAUGCUACCUGAUGAACAGUGAAAAUCUACAGGUCAAUGAGUCUGAGUGGGUAUCUGGUGGCCCGGAUCGUUUCUAUUUCAGCCAAGCUUACAAUGCCAAGGCACAAACAUUUGACGAUCCCCCAUCAAAGGCUGCUUGUGUGGGCUCAAAAGGAAAGGGAAAGGGUAAGGGUAAAGGCAAAGGAAAGAUGAAUGCAGUAGCAAAUGACAAGGCAAACCCUCAAACCCCAGCCUGGCCAUCUGUAUCUCAGCGUUUGAAAACUCUUGAUGUUUUUGCUGGUUGCGGAGGAUUAUCUGAAGGCCUGCACCAGGCAGGGGUUUCAGAAACUUGUUGGGCCGUAGAGAAUGAGGAAGCAGCUGCUAAUGCUUUCCAACUUAACAAUCCCAAUGCCACUGUGUUCUCUGAGGAUUGUAACAUGCUGCUGAGACUUGCAAUGCAGGGUCAGAAGAUGACUUCCAAAAAGCAAGUUCUUCCCCAGAGAGGUGAAGUAGAUCUACUUUGUGGUGGUCCUCCUUGCCAGGGUUUCAGUGGAAUGAACAGAUUUAAUUCACGGCAGUACUCUCUUUUCAAAAAUUCCUUGAUUGUCACUUAUUUAUCAUACUGUGACUUUUACCGUCCCCGUUUCUUUAUUUUGGAAAAUGUGCGUAACUUUGUUGCUUUUAAGCGAAGUAUUGUCCUCAAGUUAACACUACGAUGCCUAGUAAAAAUGGGCUACCAAUGCACUUUUGGAAUAUUACAAGCUGGCAAUUUUGGUGUUCCCCAGACUCGUCGCAGGGCUAUUAUAAUUGCUGCUGCCCCUGGAGAAAUAUUACCACAGUUACCAGCUCCUUUGCAUGUGUUCAAUCCCCGUGCGUGCAGACUCUCUGUUGUUGUAGAUGAUAAGAAGUUCAAACCAUCAUGUCCUUGGGUUGGAUGUGCUCCUCUACGAACUAUCACUGUGCGUGAUGCUAUGUCUGACUUGCCUGAAAUACUCAAUGGUCAUAGCAAAGAAGAAAUGCCUUAUGGAGGAGAGGCACUUUCAGAUUUCCAGCGGAAGAUUCGAGCCCAACAGUAUCAACCCAUUCUGCGUGACCACAUUUGCAAAGACAUGGCGCCUCUUGUGGAAGCUCGCAUUGCUAAUAUCCCGACAGCAUCUGGCUCAGACUGGAGAGACCUUCCAAAUUUUGACAUUCUCCUAAAGGAUGGAAAAACAGCUCAUAAAUUGGUUUACACUCAUCAUGACAAGAAAAAUGGCAAAUCCUCAUCGGGUGCAUACAGGGGAGUGUGCUCUUGUGCCGAAGGCAAAGCUUGUGAUCCUUUGGACCGUCAGUACAACACACUUAUUCCAUGGUGCCUACCUCACACUGGAAACAGGCACAACCAUUGGGCUGGGCUUUACGGCCGACUAGAAUGGGAUGGAUUCUUCUCAACCACUGUCACUAAUCCUGAACCCAUGGGCAAGCAGGGAAGGGUGUUGCAUCCAGAACAGACAAGAGUUGUUAGUGUAAGGGAAUGUGCUCGCUCUCAGGGAUUUCCUGAUAAAUAUCGCUUCUAUGGUACUAUCCUUGAUAAGCAUAGACAAGUUGGAAACGCUGUUCCACCUCCUAUGGGUCGUGCUAUAGGAAUGGAAAUCUUGAAAAGUGUUGCACUUAAACAGGAAACUGUGUUACCCCAUGAAGAUGAAAAGGAUACUUCCCCUAGUACCUGAAUAUAUUUAUUUAAUUUUUGAUCAAAGUUUCUCAACAAUAUUAAUUGAAUUGGUGUAAUGAAGUGAAGCUGCCAAGCUGAUUUAUUUGAAUGUGACUUAAUUUUAAAGUUUUAUGAUGUAUGAAAAUCAUGGACAUGGUUUCUUAAUAAAACGCCAGAUAAGUUCUGCAA